UCCAAUGAGAAAUAGAAGGCUCACACGGCCCAGUUAUCAGGGAAGCAGCUGUAGAUAAGGGAGUAGGAAAUGUAAAGUCUGAGGGCGGAGGUAGUGGCUGCACUGUGUGUAUGAGAGGAGAGCAAGAGGAAAGCAAGAGACCGGGAUAAAAGACUAAGCUGACCUUGUCACUGUGAACUUUGAUUCUACGUGUUCGACCAGGUUUUGGUGGAGAUUCUCUUAAAUCGAGUCAAGAUGGAUGCGAUAGUGGAAACCCCUGAGAUGCCUGCCGUCUUUGAUGGAAUGAAGUUGGCAGCAGUAGCCGCUGUUCUAUACAUUAUUGUACGUUCAUUAAACCUGAAGAAUCCAACUGCCCCACCUGAUCUUCUGUAUCAGGACACUGCUUUGACUCGAUAUCUAAUAAAAUCUUGCCCCUUGUUGACCAAAGAGUACAUUCCACCUCUUAUCUGGGGAAAAAGUGGACAUAUCCAGACAGCCCUGUAUGGGAAGAUGGGCCGAGUUAGUUCUCCAAAUCCAUAUGGACUAAGAAAGUACCUUACAAUGCCAGAUGGUGCUACAGCAACCUUUGACCUGUUUGAACCAUUAGCUGAACACUGCACAGGAGAGAAUGUCACCAUGGUAAUCUGUCCUGGAAUAGCCAAUCAUAGUGAGAAGCAGUAUAUUCGAACGUUUGUCGACUAUGCUCAGAAAAAUGGCUAUAGAUGUGCUGUGCUGAAUCAUCUUGGAGCGUUGACAAAUAUUGAAUUGACUUCUCCACGCAUGUUCACUUAUGGAUGCACAUGGGAGUUUGGAGCUAUGGUAAACUACAUCAAGAAGGCUUUUCCUCAAACUCAGUUAAUUGUUGUCGGCUUCAGUCUUGGAGGAAACAUUGUUUGCAAAUAUCUCGGAGAGACUGCAUCCAACCAAGAGAGAGUUCUGUGUUGUGUCAGUGUUUGCCAGGGGUACAGUGCAUCUCAUGCACAGGAUACCUUUCUACAAUGGGAUCAAUUAAGACGGUUUUACAAUUUUCUAAUGGCUGACAACAUGAAGAAAAUCAUCUUGUCUCACAGACAAAUACUCUUCGGUGAUAGCAGUAAAACAAACCGAGUUUUAGAAGACACAGAUUUAAGCCGACUCUAUACAGCAACUUCUCUAAUGCAGAUAGAUGAUGUUAUAAUGAGGAAAUUCCAUGGUUACGAGACUCUUAAGGAAUAUUAUGAAGCUGAAAGCUGUAUUCGUUAUUUGCACAAUAUUCACGUACCCCUCAUUCUGGUCAAUUCAGUGGAUGAUCCAUUGGUACAUGACAGCUUGUUAACAAUUCCAAAGACUCUUGCUGAAAAGAAAGAAAAUGUCAUGGUGGUAUUACCUCUACAUGGAGGGCACCUUGGUUUCUUUGAGGGUGCUGUUCUAUUUCCAGAACCACUAACAUGGAUGGACAAACUUAUAGUACAGUACUCCAAUGCCAUUUGCCAGUGGGAGAGAAAUAAAUCCCAGUGCUCUGAUGUGGUGCAGGCUGCUGAGUCGGACCAUAAAUAAAAUUGGCUCUUCAAUUAUUUUCCCAAAGAGACUAGAUUUACCUACAGAGACCAUCAUUUUUAGGGGAAUCUUUAUACUUUAUUUUUUUCUCUAAUACUAUUUAGGGGUCUGUAACUCAACUUGGAAAGAGGCCAUGCUCCCACUGUGAGUCUCUCCAGUUCACACAGUUCUCUUUGGUUCGAUAUCUGCAGUGCUUUAAUUAGUAGCUAUUUUUUUCUUGCUGUAUUUCCCAUUGGCCGGUUCACUCCAUUUCCAUGUACAGGUAUAGUUGCCCCAUUGUAAGUCAAUAUUAUAUUGAACUCCUGUACGAUUUGUUUAGAACUGAAUUCGAGCAAAAUGUUAAGAAUUCUGUGUGCAAGUUAUUUUUUUCUUAUCGGCCUGUAAAAGUACAUGUGUUACAUAAUGGACUGAAUGAAUAUAAAUAAAUAUAUAUAUAUAUAUAUAUAUAUAUAUAUAUAUAUAUAUAUAUAUAUAUAUAUAUAUAUAUAUAUAUAUAUAUAUAUAUCAUUCAAGCUAGUACCAGAUAAUUGCUUGUUCCAGUAGCAGACCUGCACAUGUGCUUUGGCUGGUGCCUAGUCAUUUUUAGAUGCCAGAGGGGGCAAUCCUUGGUGUACAAAUAUCAAGGUAAAGUUUGCACCUAUCUACUGGAGAGUGAAUGUAAAAUAAGUAUAUUGUUAGAAUUAUAAAAUAUUGUGUUUUCUUUAUUUUGGUGACUCAAAGGGAACAGCUGUUAAAGAAGAGGUUACAUUUUGGAACUACUCUUUAUGCACUGGUACCUGUACAAGCACUUUUUUUUUUGUUCUGCAUCUACCAAAGCUAUUUCAAUAUUUAAGUUGCAUAGAUCUGUUCUCUAGGUUUGAGUAUUUAAUUUCUAGAUGGAAUAUGCUUUUUGGCAGUGAUUGAUCACCCUUCGGCUCCUAGCAUUUCACCCCACAAACCCAUAAAUGUUCUCUCCAAGCCAAAAUAGGGUUAAUGUAUACACCUACUAUCAGGGAGAGUUGCUCCCAAACCUAUGAUACGAUGGUGGGAGUCUGAUAACAUUCAACAUCUUCGUUGUAUAAGAACGUGUUGCUGGGUUGACAACCUCCAUGAGAUAAGAAAUGGCAGCUUUGUCUCCUGGGAGGGAGAGCAAGAAUUUUCUGACCAUAAUGUUCUAAAGAAUAAAUUAAUAUGAUUAUUUUCACCCCCAGAACGAAUGGCACAGAGUUUUGUAGAUUUAAGGAAAAUAGCCUUGGCAAAUGUUGAUUGUUGAAUGAGAUCCACUUCACUGAGUCCUGAGACUGUAGGUGUUGGUUGCCUUCAUUUAGGAUGCCUAGUACAGCCCAUAACCAGACAUAGUCUUCCUCCUUUAUAUAGAAUCUAUAAUCUCUUUGUGGUGAUGAUUAUACCUUAUUACUCACAUAUUGUUUUUGUCUUGCUUAGACACUGCAGUAACUUAAUUUAGUCAGGGAAAGUGGUUGUUUUUGUUUUUUAUUUGGUACUGAUUUUUCAUUUUUAACUCCCUUAAAUAGCCUGUAAUUUGUGCACCUGCUUGCUGAUAAUUAUAUACCUAUGUGUACAGCUAACAUAAUGUUUGCCUUUGCUCAGAAUUCUGCAUCACCGUCGGUUUUUGACCCAUAAAUGAAAAAUUGGAGUCCUUCUCUGCACAACUGCAAUUAUACACCAAUUAUAAUUCACGUAUAAUUACAUAUACGCAAAGAAUGCUUGUUCUGUGCGCACAACAAGACAAUGUGCCUUUAUAAUUACCUGUAUAUUUAAGGGAAUAUUAAUGUAAUUAUUAUUAUAAUUUGAAAUGUGGUGUUGUUUUCCUCUAAAGACUCCACCCUGUAGAAGGCUUGUGUUCUCAUUCGCACUUUUUUGUUUGCUGAAGACACCUCCAUUUUUAAGUGUAGCUCUAGUUUGAGAUUGGGCUGUAUUCUGUGACCUAAAAGGCUGUUACAGUUCCAUUUGUUUGUUUUGCCUGCACUACUGAAAUCAAUAAGUUGCACAGUUUUGUAUAUUGGCUUGUUCUUUGUGGUAUACAUAAUAUUGUUUACCGGUAAGUUCCUCCUCAUCUGUAAACCUGAAGCUGCGUUUGUUCUGCCGGAUCCAUUAAAGAUAAAUGUGCUGAGCUGUAAGUGAAAUGGGAGAGGCAGAAGGCAACGUGACACAUCACACCAUGAUCUGGAGCUCACACAAUCUGUCUUCACUCUUAACCUGUAAAAUGAGAGCAGACGUGAUAGGAUUACCUGGAAAGGCAUUUAUUUUUUAGACGUUGCCAUUGGGAAUACGCACAUAGAAACAAAAUAAAUCUGUGCUUGCGUUUAGCAGACCUUUCCGCUCAUUACUUAGUCCUCCUGUGACACACGGAGACACCUGCUCACUCACUGCUAUACUGGAUUUUUUGCUAGGUUGCCUUAUUGGUGCACUGAGAUAAUUCAGCAGAGGGCAUUGUGGGUUAUGCCAGCAUUGUAUUCUAUAUAUCCCUUUAUUUUUCACUGGCUACAGUAUAUGUGGGACCUGUCCAUUGCUCAGAGUAGUGUUCAGUGAUUGCAAGGCUUCUGGUUACUAACCUGAUGGUGUAACCUCCUAGAAUGACUUGAACUUUUAUUAGGUUUAAUAGUGUGUGCUCUUUAUUGUGUUUAGUUUUGUUUGCAGCAGUAUUUGUUUUAUUUUUGCUUUCUAUUUACCGCAUUAACCUGGGGGUGUCCAGAUGUUGUCGGCCUAUCAUGCUUCAAUAUGUAACCAAAGGUUAAAGCAUGCCGGGUGCCCAAUAAAUGGAGCCGUAAGGCAUUCUUUAUCAAAUCUGCCAUUUAACACUCAGGGAUAGAGCUGCUGCCACACACCAAAGUGUUAAUGGUUGACCUGGGUUGAGGGUACUUAAUGGAAGUGAGGACGGUAUAAAAACCUCUCCAAAUGUACUGCUUAAAUUCUGCAGUGGAGAUUGCACUAUGGUGAUUGUUAAUAAAAAAAACAAGUUUGAUUGAUAAUGAAUUUGAGCAUUUCAAUUCUCCAGUUUUGCAUCCAUUGCUAAGCCUUCAGAAAGAGGUACAGUCCAAUGUUCCCACUAUAGGGGUGCACUUGCGCGGCAAAACAAAUUUUUUUUUUUUUUGAGCAAUGCAAUCAGCUGCUGGAUCAAAUAGCUGUGAUAGAAUUUAGUACUUCCCUAGCUCCACUCAUGUCUUUGUAUAGACUUAUUUAAAAUUGUGCCCAAAAAGGACAAAGGAAAUUAGAGGGAACAUUGGUGCAAGCACUUACGACAAGGACCAUCAUAAUUCCCAUGCUUUUAUGUUUUAUAUCCCCAUGUUAUCCAAAGGGAACAUGAAGUCUCCAAGUUUCCCAGGAUAUUGUGAUACCUUUAGGUUUAACAUUCUCCUAAAAGCCUUCAUUGGGGCGAAGGUAAUUUAUCCAGCCAGGAAGUGAUCAUACGUUUGUAACCGUUCUGUAACAGAUGGGAUGGGAAAGAUCUUUUGAUUAAAUAUUUUAGUUCAAUAUGUAUCUAAGAUGAGCAACCUGUGGUCCUAUUGUUGUACUUCAUGUCAGCAGGAAGGCAGAGCUAUAGGUCCAUAUAGGAAGCAGGUUGCUGAAUGCUGGCCUGUUUUAUAAAGUAUAUUAUAUUGGGGGGAGUGGUGAUUUGUUUAGCAACAUAUUUCACCUUCCUAUGUAUUUGUCCGGCUCCUGUUCAGAAGCCUGGGCCUCACACAUACAGGGUAACCAAAUGCAGCUUGACUUGAUCUUAUAAACUGACUGGGCUGAAUACCGUUGUGAAGGAUUUUUUCCAAACACAAUUCUGAUCCCUUCUGUUUAACAUUCAGCCAUCCUGUAUUCGGAAGGUGGCGGCAACAUACAAGACUUGUGUAUCCCACUCUUGUAUGAAAUAGCUACUAGGAUAAAAUUGUACAUAUUUCACUAAAAACCUUUCAUGGAAACAUUUUAUUUUUCUGUAUGUGAAUCUAUAUUAGGCAAGGAACCAGUUUCCAGAUACAAUUCAUUAAUGCAACAAAGGUGCAAUUUAUGAAAUGAACCAAUGAUAUUGAAGAUCAUUAGGAAACGCACUAGGCUGUAGGAAUAUGUUGUUUUGUCAGUUUAAUAAAGCCGAUGAAUCUUUGUGUGUAGCUGCUGUUCUAUGACUACCUGGUGAAAUAAACAACAUUGUGCGCACAUUUCUACUGUAUUUGUGUCGGAGCAACAAGGGCCCCUAAUAGGGUUGCCACCUCUUAAUAAAAUGCUCACCAGCUGGUGGUGGGGACGGGCCAUGAUGUAAAAGGGGCUGGUUGUGACGUAGAAAGGGGAGUGUUGUGACAUAAAGGGGCAGAGCCAGAAUGCACGAUUGGCCAGAAGGCAGCAAAAAAGGUAAAUUUUGAGCGGGUCGGGGGCAGGCCAAGGGCUUUUGUUAGGAGUAUUACAAAUUUUCCGGCAGCUAUUGCCGGUAAAUUUGUAAUACUGGCCCCGGCCUUGGCAGGUGUUUUACCGGCUAGGCGGUAAAAUACUGGCCGGGUGGCAACCCUAGCCUCUGUUUGUGGCAUGUUUGCCUUUGACUGACGUAUUUGGUGGUUUCACUAUGCAUUCUUGUCUGAUUAAGGGUCGGGGAACACGGGCAGAUUCGGGGAGAUUAGUCGCCACGCAACAAAUCUCUUCUUUGGGACGAGUGCCUGCCCCCAGGCGAUAUUCAUUUAAGCCGGCGGAAGGCAGAUCGAUCUGGGGAGAUUAGUCACCCCGAAGAAGAGGAGAUUUGUCACCUGGCGACUAAUCUCCCCGAAUCUGCCCAUGUGCCCCGUCCCUUAUAGGUACACACAAACCUGGAUGAUCAGUUUCAGUUAAGCCUCUUCUGAGACAUUGUCAGACUGGAUUGAAUUAUUUUCUGAAGCAGUUUGUUUCAUAAACAGUUUUUCUUUCCAUAACGUUCAAUCACAUGCGUUUAUUUUCACUGAAUACAAUCAAAAGCUAAUUUUCUGACCAAUGAUCCAGCUGCCCCUAUUUUUGUUUGUGUUUGUGAUACGAUUGUGGUCCUGUCGUAUUUCUGUAAAACAUUAUCUCCAUGCAGUUUUGUUUACAUAGCUGUUUUUUUGUUUUAGCUUAGUUGGCAAAACCAAGGCACCAAAUUUCUUCUUCUGGGCAAUUCGCUUCUUCUUUGUCACUUCUGAUUUGAUGCUACAGAAGGAUAAGAUAGCACAACAUAAUGCUCAAAAC